ACAGACUUAACGCCUCACACACACACCGGCAGGAUGUAGUGUACGUUUCUCCGCACACGGUGGUGAACGGCGGACAACCUCAAGCUGCCAAACACACACCUACCUGUGUGUCAGGUUCCUGUCAGGUGGAGUCCUCGCUCGCCCCGCGGCUGUCAAAAUGUUGACUGACGUGAUUUUGGAGGAAGAGUUUGACAAGAAUGGAGAGGUCUGGUACGACCCGCAGGACCUUGAACACGAUCUCCAUUUGGCAGCGGAGCUGGGGAAAACCCUCCUGGCCAGGAACCAUGAGCUGGAGCAGGCCCUGCAGCAGAUGUACUCCACCAACCAGGAGCAGCUGCAGGAGAUUGAGCACCUCACCAAGCAGGUGGACCUGCUGCGUCAGAUGAACGACCAGCAUGCCAAAGUGUAUGAACAACUAGACGUGGCCGCCAGGGAUCUGGAGCAAGGCAACCAGAGACUAGUGCAGGACAACCGCCUGGCCCAGCAGAAGAUCCACAGUCUGUCAGAGGCCAUUGAAGGGCUUCAGGCCUACACAGAGGACCUGCAGACCCAGGUGGAGGAGCUAAAGACUGCCCAGGCUGAGCGAAACAAAAGAGAUCUGGCAGAGCAGCGACGCAACCUCAGUGCUCAGAGUGUGUCCUGUCUCAAAGAGCUGUAUGACUUACACCAUGACGGACAUCUUGUCCACGAUAGUCUGCAUGCGGACGGACUGUGGUCACCGCAGGGUUCCUUCUGUGACCGAGACAGACGCCAAGAUCCGGAGGAGGAGAAUGCGGCUCUCCAGCGCUCCGUGCAGACCCUUCAGAGCCAGAUAGCUGCGGAGCGGCGCCGCAGAGAGGCUGCAGAGCGGGAGGCUGAGUUGACACUCAGCGAGAACAGAGCCCUGGAGCAGCGGCUGGGCCUCCUGGCUGGUUGCCGAGUCAGGCAGAAAGAGCUGGAGGCCGAAGUGGAGCAGCUGCGGCUCCUGUGGCGCGCUGAUUGUGCCAACAGUGUCAGAAGACUGGACCAGCUGCUGUUGCCUGAUACAGUAUUCUUUGCCUCAGAAGAAAGACCCGGGCAGGGUGAGAUGGAGGAGAAGGUAGAAAAGGAUGAGGAGCAGAGAAGAUACACCCGACCGAGGCGUAACAGUGACAGUGUGUUGAGAGCGACGAACCCAGACGAGAUUCGCCGUGGUCACGAGCAGCUGUGUAUUAGGCGGGUGGAGGCAGUGAAACAGAGGGGCAUCUCUCUGCUCAAUGAGGUGGAUGCACAGUACAGUGCUCUGCAGGUGAAAUAUGAUGAGCUGCUGCGGCGGUGCCAGCAGGCGACAGAUGAGCUCAGCCAUAAAGCUGUCCAGACAUCCAGCAGUCCCUUUGCGGGCAGCCGGACCCGCCGCCGCCUGUCCAGCUCAGCUGCUCUGUCCGAUCUGAUAGUGGUCCUGGAAGACAGCCAGCCGCCCGAGUACAAGGCUCUCUUCAACCAGAUCUUCACCUGCAUCCAAAAGACCAAAGAGGACCUCAGCGAGAACAGACAUCCGGUCAAAGACAGGGAUUCCCGGGGCUCUGCCAAAUAAUCGCAUCAUUCAUCAUCCUCGGACUUGCGCUCGUUUGUGUCUGUGAAAGUUUUUGACAAAGGAGAAACUUUGGGGUUGCUUUGCUAUAAACACAUCCAGUGGGUGCAGAUGCAAUAAGCCCUCUCAGUCCCUGGACGUCUUAGGUAUGCUGCAAUCCUCUGAUGCUUUCAUUUUGACACACCUAUGCUUUUGUUAGUCAGCAUUGUUCCUUUUAUUCCACCCCCAUCAAACAUCAAGUGUUGUUAUAAAAGUUGUUACAUAAAGCAGCUGUAGAAAAAUACGGAAACUAUAGAUGGCACAGAAUUAUUGUAUGGGGAGAUAUUUAUAGUUAGAUAAAUGAGUACAGUCAAAUUCUUGACUAGUAAAAAGUACACUUGUACAUGUUGCUUGAUCUCUAAAUUGACAAGUAUUAUUUCCACCUCCUGCAGUAUUUAUAUUUAUAAAUUUAUAUAACGUUAACCCUGUGACCACUUGAUCAUUUGGUGCUUGGGAGAGAAAUUCACACACUGAUUAUUAUUGUUUGUGUGUUGAAAUAAGUCAGAGAUGUAACUGUUAUGUAUGACUUGUGUAAACAGAAAUGUUGGAAUGUUGUAAUAGGAUAAAAACUUGCAGCUAUGUAAUAACCAAUAAUAAGAGCUUCUGAGUUUAUGAUAAUUAGCUUAACGGCUAGUGUGAGUUGGUUUUUGUAAGUUGGAAAUAGUUGGUUCAGCAGUUGAGGGUCAUUGCCAUGUUACCAGAGAAAUAUCUGUGGACACUGUAAAACUCUUAACACUCUUAAUAGUCUUUGCUUUCUGUUUUCAUGUCUGUGUACAGCUUCUGAUGAGUGUUUCUAUGCCAGUAAGACACAUAACAGCUCUGCACUUUCUAUGACUGAAUUACAUUUUCUGUUUUAUUUAUUGUUUAAAAGAAUUAAAUUAUAUUUAUUUUCUUUGUUGCUAAAUAUUCUGAGCAGAUGGGUGAGCUGAGAGGAGCUGGAAGUGAAAUUAAAUGUACACCAUGGUGCUUAUUUUGUGGUUGUUAAUAUACUGUCUGACACAGGUGAUUGAAAAAAGAAUACAAAGGAAAGUGUUCCCAUU